UUGAGUUCGGAGGCUGAUGUUGUUUUCUUGGAGCCUCUCGCUCGCAUGUAUUUUGUUUUUGACGCAUUUAUCCGCAGCCCGAUCCGCCCAGCUUCGGCUUUCAGUCGGGUGUAAGUUUCCCCCGCCGUCGCAAAGUUACGUGAUAUGACGUCAAAGUCAUCCGCGAAGCCCAGAAGCUGAACGGACCUUGUGAAAAUCGUGCCCUUCGUGUCAAUUCCCGCCCGCCGGAUCACACUCUCAAGGGCGAUGUUAAACAACAAACAGGAAAGUCCAUCACCUUGUCUCAACCCUCUGUGCGAUUCAGAGGGACUCGAGAGUAUCUCCGAAACACGCACGUAACACAUCACUUGCGCCAUUGUGGCUCUGAUCAAUCGAGUCAGUUUAUCCAGAAGUCCGUUGUCGUGCAUGAUUUGCCAUAGCUGUUCUCGAUCGACUGUAUCAUAGGCCGCCGUGAAGUCAAUGAAGAUUUGAUGUGUGGGCACGUUGUACUCGUGAUAUUUCUGUAAGAUCUGUCAGAUUGAGACGGUCUGGUCCGUGGUGGCACGGGCUCCCAUGAAACCCGCUCGGUACUGACCCACGAACCUCCUGGUUAAAGGUGAUAGACGACGACGGAACAGGAUCUGUGAAAGUAUUUUGUAGGCGGCACUGAUAAGCGAGAUAUCGCGGUAGUUGCGCCAUUCCAGCUUGUCGCCCUUCUUGUAGAUGGGACAGACGACUUCCUCCAUCCACUCGUCUGGCAGUUUUCCCUCCUCCCAAAUCCUGGAAAUGACCCAGUGCAGCGCUCUAGCCAGCGCCUCUCUUCCAUGUUUUAAGAGCUCGCUCGGCAGUCCGUCUUUGUUGUUUUCCAGCUUUCCGAUCUCCCAAAGAACUUCAUGAAUAUCGGGGGCUGGUCAUCCGCUGCUGGUGCUCCUAGGUCAGUUCCUGCUCCGCUUCUGUUUACUAUUUCGCCAUUCAGGUGUCCAUCGAAGUACUCCUUCCACCUGUCAACCACCUCGCUGCCAUUCGUGAGAAGGUUCCCAUCCGCGUCGUUGCACAUAUCGGCUUGUGGCUUAUAGCCUCUGCGGGACUGGUUUACCUUCUCAUAAAACUUCACUGGCACAGUACAGCUGCGCUAGCUCCUCAUGUUCACGAUCCUCUUGCUGGUGCUUCUUUCGUCGGAGAAUCGUGGUCAUGUCGUUCCGUGCCCGUUUGUCAUUGGCCUUGUUCUCCAUCGUUGACCUGCCCAGGUAUAUCGCCCAGGUCCGGUUCUUCUCAUUCACCGCUGCCUCGCACUCCCUGUCAUACCAGUCGUUUCUGCCACUCGGUGCUUUCACUCCUGGUGUCGCCGUUGCGGUGUCCCCGAUAGCUGUGCGAAUGCUGCACCAGCCGUCUUCGAGAGGCAAUGCGCCCAGCCACUCCGCUGUGGGGAAGACCGUUUCAAGCUGUUGCACGUAUUCCUCCGCAGCCUGGGAGUUCCAGAGCUGCUUAAUGUUGAAGCGGGGUUCGGCUAUGUCGCCCGUGGGAUACGGUCGACAGUUUUGAGCGCAAUGAUACCGCAACUAGGUAGUGGUCCGAGCCAAUAUCCGCACCGCGAUAGGUACGUACGUUUGUAAUGUCAGAGAAGAGUCGGCCGUCGAUGAGAACAUGGCCAAUUUGAUUUGCUCAACGUUGGUCAGGUGAUCCCCAGGUGGUUUUGUGGAUGUCCUUACGGGGAAAGAAGGUACUUCGGACUGAUAGUCCACGGGAAGCUACGAAGUUGACGCAUCACUGGCCGUUGUCGUUCGUCACGGUGUGCAGGCUGUGCGGGCCGUUCACCGGCUUGUAUAUUUCUUCCCUACCGAUCUGUGCGUUCAUGUCCCCGAUGACGAUCUUGAUGUCUACGCGAGCAGCUAUCGUAGAGUUUCACCAGCUGUGCGUAGAACUUUUUUGUCUCUAAAUCGGGUCUUCCUUCGUGAGGGCAGUGCACAGGGUAGUGUAGUUGUAGAAACAGAACAACCUGUUGCUGAUCGCCUGCCACUUGAUCACACGGCUCUGCAUCCUGCUCAGCACUAUAAAGCCGGUACUCAGCUCAUUGGUUGUGCCCCCGCUCUGGUAGGACUGUACCCUGCGACCACAAAUCCUCCAUACCUUCUCUUCUUUCCGGCAACGCUCCUGGAGCGCAACGAUGUCCAAGUGGCGGGAAUCCGGUUUCUACCCGGGGCGUUCAGCGAUUUCCAUUUCCAUGUACCGAGCUUCCAAUCGUCGUCCUUAUUUCGUCGCCUAGGUCGUUGCCAAUUGUUCCGGUCCGUAUUCGAUUGUUCGUUUUGAUUGUUCGUAGUAUUUUGAUGUUUCGGCAUGCUGCCUCACUAGGGCUGCGGAUGCCUAGUCUGCGACGGGGCUGCCGUCUCGGGUGUAGCUGGCGAGACGUCGCAUUUCAUAAUUCAGCCGUCCGCUCCGGAUCAGACGCUGUUUGAGCCGCCCCUUACAUGGGGAACAGAAGCUUGGACAAGCUGCCCUCCUAAGAGAGCAGCUCACCCUUUCCUGUCAGCAUACGACCAAGUUUCCACCGGUUCACCGAUCUUCCUUUGGUUGCUCGUAUCCCAGUCGGUACCACGCGGAGAUAGGGAUAGGAGUUGCAGGGCAUUAUGCUUUGGACCACACUGGGGUCUAUUUUAUGCCAACUAGUACGGGUGUAUUGCUGGUGCGCACUGCCCAGCCGUUUCGUUUGUUGCUAAGUUGUUUUUCCUGGUGCAGGCUCGCAAGGCCAGCAACCAACCCCACUGUCUCAAAGAAGGACCAACGUGCUACCACUGUUCUAAGUCCCGAAUACGUUUUGGCUUUGGUGUCUAGAGUCCUGGGUGCACUAACAAGACGGUAGUUCAGCCGCUCCUAACAUGAAGAACAGACGCUGUUUCGAGCCACCCCAUACAUGGAGGUCAGACGCUCAAAUCAGCUCUCAAAAAAGCCCCCUUUACUGUCAGCAUACGACUAGAGAUCCCCCCCCCAGGAUGUACGGAUAGGAGGCUAAAGGGUCACCAGUGAUACUUCACAUGGAUUUAUUUUAUACCUGUAGAUACGAGAUAUGGUGCGCCUUCUCCAGCCAUUUACAAACCAAGCUCGUUACUUAUUGAUUUUAAUAGUAAGUUGUGUUCUAUUGAAUCUGUUUCUUUGUUUUAUUUUGUCUGGAACAAAGCGAGCGACCCGGAACAUCAAAUCCAAACAGAAGACUACAACAACAACACAAUAGCUAUGGAAAUAGACAGCAAUGAGGAACUUGCAAUUAGUGAAAAUGAGGCAAGAAUAAGUUUAACCGUAAAAAAGAAAAAAAUCUGCUAAACGCUACGUUCAACAAUACAAAUAAGUCUGGGAAAAACAGCUACCGUGGCUUGAACAGCGAGGAGAAUCUGCAUACUGUAAGGUUUGUGAAUCUUCCUUGAAAUUUGAAAACGGAGGGAUAAAGGAUUUACGAACACAUCAAAGACAGGAAACUCACAAAAAGGCUGCAUCAGCAAUUUUAAACCGAAGCAAUGAUUUGAAGAAAAUGCUACCAUCAGAACUAGCAACUGUAGAUGCGUGCAUUCGAUUAUGCUUGUACGCAGUACACAAAAAUAUUUCGUUCAGAGCUAUGGACGAACUCAUACCGACAUUAAAAGCAUCCUUUCCUGAUUCAAAAAUUCUUAAUUCAGUGAGAAUGUGCCGCACGAAAGCGGCAAGAAUUAUCGUCGCAGUGACUGGAGAAACGCAGAAAAAUAGACUGAUCCAGAUCAUGCAGCAAACUUACUUCAGUAUAAUCGUGGAUGAAUCCACCGAUAUUACAUCGGAAAAAGUUCUAUGUGUCGUUGUGAGGUACUACGACGAGAAUGUGGGUCACAUUCGCGACGUGUUUUUUGAUCUGAUUGAACUCGAUGCGAGUAACGCUUCUUCUAUAAAAACAGCAAUUGUUAAAAGACUCGAUCAGUUCAACAUCCCAUAUAAAAAGUUUAUGCUCGGAAUAGGGAGCGACAACGCUGCUGUCAUGGUCGGACAGAGACAUUCAGUAACGAGUCUACUGCGGGACGAUUGUCCGCAUCUCGUCAGUGUGCCCUGUAUAUGCCACUCUCUCGCCUUAUGCGCGUCUUACGCUAGUAAAAAGUUACCCGAUCAUCUGGAACAAAUGCUAAAAGAUAUUUACAGCUAUCUAUCUGCUAGCCCAGUUAGAUUGCAGCAAUUUGAUAAAAUUCAAUGCAUGCUAGAUUUCAAUCCAAUCCGCGUGCCACGGAUGCAUGAUGUUCGAUUUUUGUCUAGAGGACAGGUUGUGAAGGCUGUUUUGUCUAGAUAUGAACCGUUGCAGAUAUACUUUGGACUUGCGUCAAACGUUGAUAAUUUAUCGAACGCAUCGAAAAUUCAUAAAACGCUCGCUGAUACCGUUACCGAAAUCUACCUGUUAUUUUUAGAUUUCAUUUUGCCGUUCGUUGAUAAUAUGAACAAACUUUUUCAAUCGGAAAAACCGGAAAUCAUUUCACUCCAUGCAACUUUAUCAAGAAAACUUAGACAGUUACUUAGCUACUUCAUAAAAGAUGAUGUCACGCGAUCUACAAACUUGACUGAUAUUAAAUUUCACCCCCAUGAUUUCAAGCCGGUUCAUGAUGUGUACCUAGGAGUAAAGGUAGCUACCAAACUAGAUGCCAGUAAAAUUGAAAAAACACAAUUGUUAGCUAUACAAAAUACGUGCACUGCGUUUUACCUAGAGUUAGCCUUGCAAAUGUUUAAACGGUUCCAAUUAGAGAAUGAAAUAUAUAAAAGUAUUCAAAUGUUGGAACCCAUCAACAUUUUUGAAGGGAGAUGUUUGAGCGUUGGCCCCGUUUUACCACAUUUCCCAACUGUAAUACCAGAUAGCAUGUGGCAGGAUGCUGAUAACGAAUUUAAUGAAAUUAAGCACUUGAAUUUCAAAUGCUUAGGACUAACGCAAUUAAAUGACGCCGAGGAUUUUUGGAUUAAAAUAACGAAUUUCCGCGAUAGAAAUGAUGCACUGAAGUAUCCGUUAAUGGCACUUAUGACUUAUGAGAGCAAUACUAUCUUUACCACAUUCAUCGGCGGCAGCUGAAAGGAUAUUCUCCGCCCAAAAUUUGAACAAAACCAAAAUCCGAAACCGUUUGAAAAAUGCUUCCCUAGUGGGAAUUCUCCGAACAAAAGAUUGGAUAAAAACAUUCGGAAAUCCGAAUACAGCGCAAAUUCCGACUGAAAUGCGACUUAAAUUUAAUAGUCAAAUGUAUUCUAUCGCUGUUGAAGACAACGAAUGUGAAACUGAAGAUUACCAUGAUGUCCUAGAACUUCUCGAAUAAAUAGAUUCAGUAUCAUCUGUUUAUGUUUCCUAGCUGGUUCUAAAAGAGGAGAAUAGUGUUGUAACUCGCUACAAUCUAAUCAAUCUGAUUGAAAAAAAAGAUCAACAUCGCAGAUGAGAAAACCAUCCUUGAAUUGAACUUUUUAUUUUGGAAUUGGGAAACAGACCCCCGCCAUUUAUCAGAAAUCGUACGCAUUGUAUUUCAAAAAAAAAAGAUGGAAAAUAUUCAUAACAUUUAUCGUGAGCAUAUUGAUUCUAUCGAGAAUCACAAAAAGUUCCCAGAUUUAGUGAAUAAAAGAUUAUUGGUUCAAAAAUAACGUCAGUUGAGAAACAGGACCGAACUAAUUAAAAACUGCUUACAAUUUUGCGCGAUGGAUCGAUGGACUUUGUCUAUUGCUAGUCCCAUCGAUAUACAAGAGCGUCGACAUCAUUGCAAAUCGGAUUCUUCAGCUACAAAUGUAAAAUAUUCAAAAAGGUUGGAGGAAGGUUGCUAAAUUUUGGUAACAGUGCAAGUCGAAUGGAAAUGUUGGAAAAAAUAAGGGGUUCAUUCAGCGCCAUCAGGCACUCCUACAUACACGGCUCUUUGUGUCAGUAGUGAUUUGAGGGUAAUUAAACUUUCAUGUGCCACAGUAAUCUGUUUGGAAGCGAUGAAUUUUAUAAACUACAACAGCAACGAAAAGCAAAACAAUGACAAAGCAUUAAAAUUUAUAAAGUGAAACAUUAAACAAGUUUGCAAAUCGGAUUCUUCAGCUACAAAUGGCAAAAAAGUGAUAGCAGGCGGGAAAGUGACAUUUCCAUUAAUCUCAAGAAAUACGAUUUAUCAGUAACGGACUCGGAAAAUCAAUCUUGCUGGAGCAAGAAACUCGUUUUCGAAUGCUUUUUUAAACCAAUCAUUGAUCUCCACACACCAGCUUAAGAGGUUGAGGCCCAAUGAAAAAUUUCUAUCGUUGAUUUUCAGAUUUCGAGCACGUUCAAGAAUCAUCUGUACUCGACCAUACGUGCGGAACAGGAUCCAACUGGUCGAAAACUGCUUACAACUUUGUGCGACAAAGUCCGGUGAGGCUCCCCUGGCACACCUUUCCGUUGUCAUACGCAGCGAUGGGAGAAAAUCGUUUCUAGCGAUUUUUGAAUACAUAUAAAUCUCCUUUGUGAUGCAUUAACAUCUCUGUCAGUGUGCGAUACACAUUUACUCUUCUCACAUUUGCAAGCAGAUCUAUGUGUAAGACGAGUUACGAGGAUUGCAAAGGAGCACCAUGUAUAUAGUAUCCCUGCUGGCGUACUCUCUUUCUCUUCCUUCGCACUAUUCGCCUCUUGUCGUGACUGCUAACAACAACAUCUGUAUCUAAAUGUGCACAGCUGAGUAUAUGGGGUUAGUCGCAAUAUGUACAUAUGAUGAACAAAGAUCAUUCAUGAUCAUUCAGCCAACGAUUGAGAUUUUUGUUAAAAAGAGAGUGAAAAAAAAGUGUGUUGUCUCCUACUCCCAUAAUGAGAUUGUUUUGGUGGCAGGUUAAAGUUCCCAGUUGGUUUAGAGAUCUUGCUUGUAUAAAACGUGUGUCAGGAUGGACAAAAAGGUAGAAAAGGUUAACAUAUCCGCAAAAAGUUCGGCAAGUUUUCGCAGUAGAGAAUGGCGGUUUCAGAUGCGGAAGACAGAGUUCAAAAUAUUAAGAAAUUAUUUAAUGAAAUUGAUCGCUAGUCUUUCGAAAUAACCUGUAUAAUGAUAUACACUAUAACUAGCAUCGAAAACAUUAUGUUUCAUUAGGGUGGUUCAUUUAUUUGACAUAGAGUGGUUUAUAAUAUUGUGUAAAAAUGAGUAUAAAAAGAAAAAAAUCACUUUUCACUCAAUACCAAUAGAAAAAUUCCUGAAAAUAUAAUAUUUGCUACAUCAUUGUCGUUAGGGUGGCAAUGUUGAAUUGGAAAAAAAUACCAUGUAAAAUGGCAAAAUAUUUCGAAACAAAUUUACAAAAUGUUUCAAAAAACUACUCUGUGAAAAAAAAAAUAACUCAACCAAAAUUAAGAUUGUGUCUCGCGGAAAAUGUUGAAUGCUUCCAUGUCAUUUACAAAAUCACACACGGGAGGUGCAUGGAAUUUGAAUAAUGUUUUCUAUUCCAAGUGUCUUGAAAGUACAUGAAACGGUGGAUACUGAUGGAAUAUGUUUUUUUGAUUUUGUUUGAAAAAUAUACUCUCUAGGACACUUGUACUUGUUUAUGCGAAUGCUGUACCAGACAAUUUAUUCGUUUUAUUUAGGGGCCGUCCACAUACCACGUGGACAGAUUUUUAACGAUUUUGACUCCCCCCUCCCCCCGUGGACAAAUGCCCAUUUGAAUUAUAAAAUAUUUGUAAGGACCGUGGACAUCACACAACUUUGUCGAAGACGUCACACCAAUCAAACGAACCGAAGUGCUUUUUUAUUUUAUACUCAUUUUUCACUAUAUUAUGAAUUAUGAUGUAUUCGAUGCUACUUAUAGUGUAUAUCAUUAUACAGGCUAUUUCGAGAGACUAGCAAUCAAUUUCAUUAAAUAAAUUCUAAAUGUUUUAAACUCCGCCUUCCACAAUUGAAAAAACGAUUAAGUCCCAGAGAGUCGAUUUUUGCAAUUUUUUUUUUCAGAUGACACCAAUUCUCGACGUUUCAUGCGUUUCUAAGUCAUUUGGCAUCAAAAACCAUCGAAAACCGAUUUUUUUUUGGCUAUGAAAAUACAGUAAUCACCCGAUUAUAUCAGUACCCGAUUUUAUCUGCCCCCGAUUUUAUCACCUUUUUCACCCAAUUUUAUCAUCAUAUAACAUUGUAUGUCCACCAUCUCCGAAUCUCGCAAUUAUUUACAAGUGCCAGUUCCACUGUCAUUUAAGAUACAAGCUUUCGUCUUUUAAUGUCUGUAGACAGUAUCCUCGAUUAAUUUUUAUUUUUAAAAUCAUUGGUUUUGUUUCAACUACUUCAUCGAUUUUUUCCCUCUCUAGUUUUGCUCAGGCCUAUCGGUCCAAAAAGCCAGGGAUUGUGACUGUUAGAUACGUUACGUACGUCAUCGAUUUGUUUCUGCGUCUGGGUGAAUGAAGAAAAAGUACAAAAAGUCUCAAUUUUCAUGUGUUUUGAAAUGUAUUGAAGAGAUAUUUUGUGAAAGGGCUAUCAGUAAACCACAUAAACACAUUUUGGGUCAUUUCUGAUCCCUCUUCCGUAACCUUAGAAAAUAGCUGAAACUAAUUUUUUGAGCUGCUUGAGAUAUGUAUGACACUAAGAGAACAACUUCACAGCUUUAUGCAAACACUAGUACCUAACCUACGAACUAGUAGUGAAAUUUAUGUUUUACUUAUAUGAGAGCCCUCCCUCUUCCAGAGGAGGGAGGGGUGUCAAGUGACCAUUGACAUAUUUCUAACUCCUAAUAACCUCACCAUGUCAAAUUUGGUUCCAUUUGCUUGAUUAGUUUUUAAGUUACGUAGAAGUUUGUGUUAUAUUUGUAUGGAAGCCCUCCCUUUAAGAAGAGGAAGGGGUCUCGAGCUACUCUAAUAACCUUUUCCGGCCUCAAAAACCCCUACAUAAAAAUUUUCACGCCGAUUAGUACAGUAGUUCCCACGUCUAUAAGGAUCAGAGAAGCAGACAGACGGAUAGAACUGCUUUUUCAUAUGAUUCGAUUUCUUGUAGUAAUCAAAAUCGCUGAUUUUACGUGUUAAAUUAUUGGUCUACCAUCUUUUAUAACAAAAUAAUAAUAAAAAAAAAAUUCCCGAUUUUAUCACUCCAAACAUCAUCAAGGGGGUGAUAUAAUCGGGUGAUCACUGUAUUUGCAAUGGUCGACUAAAUUGAUUGCCCGGUUUUGUGAUGGAAUUGCUCUGAUAUGAAACAUGAUGGUGCAACAUCGACGUGUUAUAUUACAAAUUACGUAACGCUGAAAAUCUAGAUUUCAGACCUCCCCCCCUCCUAUGUAACGAUAGGUAGCGUUCGACAUGACUCCCCCCCCCCUAAAAUUACUUACCACUAAUCAGUCUGACUCCUCUCCGAAAUUUUCAAUUUCGAGCAAACAUGAUAGUUACGUAACUGUCUCUACUACCUCCCCUCCCUCCCUCCUACGUAACAAUAAGUAACGCAGUGAUUCUUUGUAAAAAGUCAAUCCGAAAGGAAACGAUAAAAAAAUAAAAUAUUACACGUAGGUACCCGAAACUUAUUGUUGCUUGAAAAAAAUUAUUGCCAUGUUUACUAAAAAUCUUAGUUCAAUACGACUAAAAAGAAUUUAGUUUUAGGAGAUAUGUUCAAGCAUUUGAAUGUCUACUAUCAAUCACGCAAACUAUGCCAAGCUUGCGUUUUUUAAAUUUAUUUAUAUCAGGUAGCCACCUUCUCUCUCUCUCUCCUCUUAACACUACCUCUGAAAUUAAUAUGAGGAAAAUGUUCCAUUCACCAAACCAUAACCAAAACGAGAGGUAGAUAAAUUCUUCGGCAUAACCGCAAGCUUAACGUAGGAUAAUUCGGUUAAUUGAAUAAUAGCAAAGUUUGGUACCUAUUAAUUUCUGUAUUACCUGCUUAAGCAGCCUUUUUUUAGAUGAAUAAAACAAAAAAAUAUUAUAUAAUAUCAUGUUUCACACUACUCCAGCAGUUUUUCAU